GUACGGGUUCGUGCAGUUAGAGCCUUUGCAUCAUGAAAAAUGUCAUUAGGAAGAAUUUGCGUGACGCAGCGUCGUUGAUAGUGCUAAGUAAGCGUGCGAGUGGUGCACCAUUGGGUGGCGGGAGCUGCAACUAUGACGUAUUGUUGCAGACCCGCACACAAAGUGCGUCCUUUAAAAAAGCCGUCGUGUUCCCGGGAGGCGUGUACGAGAGCGCGGACGCGAGCUCCGAGUGGCUGCAGCUGCUGAAGUCGUUCGGCUACUCGCAGUUAGACUUCGAGGCAUUGCACAGCGCCGGUGCGCCUGUCACACCGCUCUUUCAAAACAAUCCAGUGCAGAGGCAAAUAGCAUUGCGGAUAACAGCAAUUAGAGAAACAUUUGAAGAGUUGGGCCUCCUUAUUUGCAGUCGUAUUCCGAAGAAGGACAAGCAAGGUGUUGACACGUGUGUUAUUUCUGACAUAGAUGUCAAGUAUUGGCAAGAUCAGGUGAGCAAAGAUCCAUCAAAACUUCUCACUCUGUGUAAAGAAGUGCAGUGCUAUCCUGCUAUAUGGUCUCUAUAUUAUUGGAAUAAUUGGAUGAGUCCUGCUUAUAUGAAGACACGCUUUGAUACUGCAUUUUUUGUCACUAUUCUUAAUACCAGACCUACGGUAAAGGAGAAUUCAGAAGUUGCUAAAGUUGAGUGGCUUAGUCCAACAGAGAUAUUAGACCAGAGUUGGCAGCCAGACAUUCUGCUGUACCCACCCCAGAACUAUGAACUAAAUAGGCUGGUACACUGGUCUGAUCUGAAAGAAAUUGAAGCUUUUGCCAGACAACGAAGCAGCUCAGGGCAUUUAUUGUACCACGCUUCUGUGCACGCCACAGAUGGCACUAUUUUUGUCUUACCUGGUGAUAGCCUUUACCCGAAAAGUGUAGAUUAUAACAAUCAUACUGUUAUCAAAAGUAACAGAACAGUAGUGGAACUCAGAGAAACAAGCAAGACAGCACACCGCUUUGAAUUCCACUACAAUUCUGAAAAUUAUAUAGUAUAUAAGAACUUCAAACCUGACAACGUAGAUAUGGGUGACAAAGUAAUCAAAGUGCGGGUGACUCUUAGCUCCUAAAUAUGCUCCAUUAAUGCCUUAG